AUGUCAUUCGAAACAUUCCCGCAAUACCCUCCGGUCGACGGUGAGUUAGUAGACCGAAUUGUUUGCAAAUUAAAAUCUCAAGGUAUUUUUGAUCAGUUUCGUAAAGAUUGCCUGGCUGAUGUUGAUACCAAGCCAGCAUAUCAGAAUCUCCAGCAAAGAGUAAAUGGAACUGUCGCUACUUUCCUUGCUACUCAGACAUGGCAGCAAGACUUGAACAAAACUCAGCUGCGAGAAAGUCUGAGGAGACAUGUUCAACAGGGAUUUUUAGAAGUUGGCGUAGAUCGUAUUGUUGAUCAAGUAGUGAAUCCAAAAGUCUUUACAGUUUUUAUGCCCAAAGUGGAAGAUGUUGUCUAUGACUGUUUGGGGAUUGAGAAACCUAAACACCCACCUUCAUCCAAUAACCUGCUGUCUGGACAUAAGCUGACUUUGCUAGAUCUCCUUCCGAAAGAUCUCGAUCCAGUUUCACCAGAAAGUGACAAUCUCAGUUUCGAUGAUGAUGAAACUAAAGAUGAAACUAAUAACAAUGAAAGCUCUUCGAAGUUAGACAUAUCUCACGACAGUCAAGUAUCGGGUAUUUCUGAUCUUUCUAGUCAUAUGGGUGACAGCUUUAAAGAAAACCAUAUAGAUUCCAACACAGCGAAAAGUAUUGCUUCAGUCAAAGAAAAUUCAAAUGAACCCCAUUUCGAAAAUUUUGAAAAUUUAAGCGAGAAAAUAAAACAAGCUGAAAUUGGGGGUCAUAAUUCUGCUACAAGUCCUUCACCAGAAGGGCAAAAUAACACAGAAACAUUAGAAGUUGAACAAAACCUUCAAAAAGAUAAUAGAGAUGAUACUUUAAUGGAAAUUGAUUCAGUUUCAAAUAGUACAUUCGAAGAUACUAAAAUGUUUACAAAUAAAAUAAUUAAAGAACACACCUGUAGUAGCACAAUUUCUGAAGAUUCCCUAAGUUGUUCGAGUUUUAAUUCUAAAUUUAAGAAAGACAAAUCUAAAUCUGUAGUUGUAGGAACCAGCGAAAACAGUGUGGAUAAAAGUGAAGUUGAUACUCCUUGUAAAGAACUUUCCUCUGAUAAAGAAGUUAAAAUUUCUGCUGAAAACAAUGACGUAGAUAUUAAAACUGAAGAAAAGGUUACGGAAAACAAAGAGCCAAAAAAACCAGAUGAUCUGAAAGACAAGAAGUACCGCGAAUCAUUAUCUUCUAAAAAUACUAAGAGUAGUAGACCCAGUGAUUCAAAGCAUCGUUCUAGUAGUGAUAAGAAGGAUGAUAUUAAGCAAAGUAAAGAAAAGACUUAUAAAGAAGACAAAGACAAAGAAAAAUCUAAUAGAGAUGACAAAGAUAGAAGCAGUAAACAUAAAGAUGAUCGUCAUCAUUCCUCAAAGGACAAAUAUAAGGAUAAGGACAAGAAUGACAGAAGUAGAGAAAAAGAUAAUGACAAAAAAAAAGACAAAUCUGAUAAUAAAGAUUUAUCUGCGAAAGACAAAAAAAAUGAUAAGGACAGGUAUAAAGAUAAAGACAAAAAUGAUAAAGAAAAGACUCGAAAUGACAAAGAAAACCAUAAGUAUGAAAAAGAUAAGAGCAGGUCUGAGAAAGACAAGGAUAGACAUGAAAAAGAAAAGGAUAAAUAUGAUAAAGAUAGAUCUGAUAAAAGUAAAAGAGACAAAGAUAAGGAUAAAAGAGAAAAGGAAAAGUAUGAAAGCAAAGACAGAGAUAGCAAUGAGAAGGAUAAAGAUAAAACUAGAGGAAAAUCAGAAAAGGAUUACAAAAAUGAGAAAGAUAAAGAAAGUAGAUCUGUUGAUGAAAAAGUUAGAGAAGACAAGAAAAAGGAUUCAAAAAAAUAUGAUAAAUCAAGCAGCUCAUCAUCGAUGAAGAAGGAUGAUAAUAAAAGUGAAGCAAGAGAUAAAAGCAGAAGAACUGAUGACAAUGCUAAAGAAAAAACUUCCAAUAGCAAAUCAAAUAAAAAUGACGACGAAAGAAAAGACAGGAAACGAAAAAGUGAGCGGUGCAAUGACGAAAUUAAGUUGAAAGAAGCAAGGAGGUCAUGGGAUAGGGAUAGCAGUGGUGGAAAUGGUAAAGGUCACGGAUCCCAAAAAUCUAAUAACAGUGAAUAUAAGGUAAGUUCCUCCUCGUCUUCCACUAAGGAAAAGAGGACGGGAGAGUCUUCAAAUCAGCAGAAGGCAAACGAGCGCAAACUGGAACCAGUCAGUGAAGCUGAGGAACCGUCCGAUGUUGAUAAAAUCCUGAUGAAAAUUAAUUCCUCAAUUGAGGAAAGCCAAAACAUUCAAUCCAAUGACGAGCAAGCUAUAAAAAAACCUAAGAUUGCUAGAAAUAUCUUUGAAAUAAGGAAAAUAAUGCAGGCUAGAAAAAAUAUAGCUCGGCAGGCUUUCAAGCAGGACAAGAAAAGAAAAGAAAUGAUGGAUUCAGUAGAAGAAGUUGAUGUAACCAACUCCCCUUCUACCACUGAUCCUCCAUCUAGGGAUAGCCCUAAGAUACGAGAAGAAAAUAAAGAGAAUAUUAAAGCAGGACAAAUGGAUAAGUUGAAAACUCCUAAAGUCGGUCCAAUAAAAGGCAAAUUUAAUGGUUUUCUCGAGUCUGAUAUUGAACAAUCUAGAAAUUCUCUUCAGAUUUUUCGUGCACAUUUUUCGAAUUUUUGUACUAGUAUGGGAAUGGAAAUAUUGCCUACUGAAAAUAUUGCUAAGGUCGAUUUUUCAAAAAUCUGUGAUUUCAGUGACGAUUUGCUAGAUGAUAACCUUAAUAAGCUAAAACCAAAAUCAGUUUCAUUGGAGAGGAGGAAAACAUUUCCUGAUGACAAUCAGGUUAGUAAAGCUGUUGAGAAUAUUAUGAAGGGGAAAAAUGGCUGUUACGUUCUGUUAAAAGACUGUACUGAAGUUGUCGAAGCUAUGAAGAAUGCAGCUCAACCUCAAUUAAAUAAAUCAGAUAACAUACCGACCGCUUCGAAACCUCAGCAAAAUAUUGGUGUAAAUGAUGAAUCUAAUAGGACUAACUUGGAAACAAAUGUGAAAACCCCAGACUGCAAGAAGGAAACUUUGAGUUCUGCUGUUAUUAGACCUCAGGUCUUCAAUGUUGGUGUUGAUGUCGGAACUGAUACGCUCAGUCAUACUUCUCAGCAGCAAUCGAAACAAGAGAACUCGAAGAAGACUGGUGUCAGAACACCUCCUGCGAAGGAGCAACCGACGCAAAACAGCAAGGAUGAAGAGGCUUUUUCUCCAGUGGCUGAUGUAACCAUCGCAUUAAAUACAUAUUUGAAUGAUAGCAAAGAAAUUCUGCCUUCGGUACCUUUGACAGAAGCCAUGUUGGACAACCUCAUGCAGCAAUCGUCUAUGAUAGUUGAAGAUGAAACUUUUGCGGACUCUGAUGACUCGCUUCAUGAAUUUGAAAGCUUGAAAAAUGUGGAAUUAGGCUUGAGAAAAGAAGAAAGCUUCAGAACUUCAGGUGAUGUCUCAGAUUCUUCAGACUACACGCCUCAAAGAAUUGCUAGUAUCAUUAAUACAUCUACUUGUGAUAUUUUCUCUCAAAAUAAAGAUCCUAAUGAAGAGACAAGUGAGAUCAAGGUUGUUAAACGACGAAACCAAAGAGUGUGUAGGUCGGCGUCUCAAAGGUACGACAGUACCGACUUGUAUAAACCUCGGCCUGUGUUGCCUCAGAAUUCCAAGCGCGUCAGGACACCUCGUAGCGUAUCUUCGGAAGAUAUUUCUACGAGAGAACAGUAUGAGUGUACUCCUUCAAGGAAAAGGGCCAGAUGA